UUACCAUUAGUUUGUCAGACUUGUUAAGCAGAAGCAGAAGUAGUCAACAAGAUGGCCUCUCCUGUAUUAAGUAAAUUUAAUCCUACUAUUUUUAUUAAAUCUUUAAAGUUUUGUGGACGUAGAAGUUUAUCUGCUGGAACAGUUAGAAGAACUGAAAAAAGGAACGAAAAAAUUUCCGAAUAUGCCGAAGGCGAAACACAUUUUGGUUUCGAAAAAGUUAAAGAGGAGGAGAAGUCAUCGAAAGUUCACAAAGUCUUUGAAGACGUUGCACAAGAUUAUGACAAAAUGAAUGAUUGUAUGAGCUUUGGUGUUCAUAGAUUGUGGAAAGAUAUAUUUAUGCAACGCUUGUCACCUGUCCAUGGAACUCGUUUACUGGAUGUUGGAGGAGGAACUGGAGAUAUUGCUUUCCGUUUCGUAAAGUACCUUGAAAACUCAUCGAUACCUGUCAACCCAAACUUAAGUAAUCAUGUAACUAUAUCAGACAUAAACAAUGAAAUGCUUGAAGUUGGUAAGAGGCGAGCUGCUGACAGAGGAGUUAUCACAGCAGCAGAAGAAGUGAACUGUUCUGUUGACUGGCUAGAAGCUGAUGCUGAAAAGCUACCUCUACCUGAUUCUUCGUUCAAUGCAUAUACAAUUGCUUUCUGCAUCCGCAACUGUACUCAUCCAGAAAAAGUACUUGAGGAAGCAUAUCGUGUUUUGCAGCCUGGUGGCCGUUUCUUGUGCCUUGAAUUCAGUCAUGUGGAGAAUGAUACACUGAGAUGGCUGUACGACCAGUACUCGUUCCAGAUUAUACCCCUUAUGGGCCAGCUGGUGGCUGGCCAAUGGAGACCUUACCAGUAUCUAGUUGAGAGUAUACGUCAAUUUCCUGCGCAGGAAGAGUUUAAGGAAAUGAUUGAAGCUGCUGGUUUCCGAUGCGUUUCGUAUGAGAACCUCAACUUUGGAGUUGUAGCAAUUCACUCAGGAUUUAAAUUGUAGUUGUUAAGUGAUAAUUUAUAUCAAGACUGGGCUCUUAAUAAAUAUUGGUUCAUCAUU